UUUGUUUUUUGAGGAUAAAUAUUUGCAGUUCUUGUUUGGAGGAUAACUUUCACGUUGACGCUAAAGUUUGUGUCAUAUUGUAAAUCGGUAAUGUAAAUGACCUGUUGCGUAUGCACAAGAAAGCUUAGCCAUCGAUCUCGAAGAGAAAUAGCUAAAUUUCGUGGUUGAAUAGUAUAUGUCGUGAGUGGAGUGUCAUAUUUUGUAUUGACAUUUGAAUGUGACAUAGAGUGCUUUGCUGAUGAUGGCCAGGAAAGUUCCAUUUAAAGUGGUCCAUGCAUCUGGGGCUGACGAUGGGUAUAGCGCAAAAGAAUUAGAAACUCACGCACCAACAACAAAAGGAUGGAGAACGUCCAAAUUCUGUGUUUAUCCACAAGAAGUUAUAUUAAUGUUACAACAAUCUAUGAGAAUCCGAAAAUUGCAAAUACUUUCUCAUCAAUAUUUGAUACCCACAAAAAUUGAAGUAUUUAUUGGCAGUAUUCCUGAAGGGCAGUCAUCUUCACUUUUGACUUGUAAAUUUAAACGUCUUGGACAUGUUAGUUUGGUUGAUAAUCAGAAUACAGAGUAUAAGUCAAGAGAGCUGAAAUCUGUGCAUCUUGAUGCGCAUGGGCAAUUUAUCAAACUGUUUGUCCACAAAAAUUAUGUCAACAAAUUCAAUUUGUACAACCAGGUUCAAAUUAUUGCCACCAAUAUAAUUGCAGAAAGCAUUGAAACUUUCAGUCAAUUUGAUGAUGCAAAUUCUGCUGACAGACUGGUAGAUCAAUAUAUGAAACAGGAAAAUGUUAUGCCAGGUGAUCCACUAUGGGGGAAAAUCAAUAAACCUGAUCAUAUUUCUCCACUUGAUGACAUAGCAUUUGCUAUGUACCAGGAUCCACAAACGGCUGAAAUAAUAAGAGAUUUGGAGCAGAAGAAGAAAGAUGCUAUAAAAGAGGAUGAGUUCGUUGAAGCAAAAAAGUACCAUCAGGUCGUUAACGAUCUUCACAAGGUUGGAGAAAGACUUGGUCGUCUGAAUGUUGAAAAACAGAGGGCAAUAGAAGUUGAAGAUUAUGACUUGGCUAUGGUGAAAAAGCAACAAAUCGACGAAUAUCGUAAAGUGGUCACAGAUCGGUUGGUAUCUGCAGGAAUUAUUCAAGAGCCAAACAAGGAGGCUCCUGUUUCAGAUCGUAAUGCAAACCGGGCUCCUCCAUCUACCAACCGUUUUUCAAUGUCACCACCUUUACCACCAAUUACAACAUCCCCACAACCCGAUUCUCGCCCCGAGGUACCCGCCUCAGCAAAAUCACCAUAUGUCAGCCCCAGACCCUCCCAAGAUAAAGUAGAGAUUGUUCAACCCCCAAGCAUGUCACCGGAACAGAUAACUGCUGCAGACGACAGACCUUUACCAACGAUGACUAAAAAGGAUACGCCAGAUCCAAUCGAGCAAAGCCCACCAGGAGUGUCCCCUCCUUCACAAGAUGGACCAAGUGAACUUCGUGAAAAAGAUGCAAGAGAGGCUACAUUGGCCAUUGAUAUUUUCGGAGAGCAUGUUGUUCGUUGUAUUUACACCAAGCAGUGGACGUAUCGCAAGCAAGGCAUGGACACCAUUAAAAGAGAAUUAAGCUCAGAAAACCCGGAAUUGAUUGCAGAACACGAUGCAAGGUCUGUCGUCAGAGCUGUUGUUGAUUUAUUGAAGAAAGGAAUAAUCGAGCAAGUUCAUCCGGUCUUUGUUCUGUCCUUAUCUAUUUUGAAAGAUUUACUUACAAUAUUCAUUCCGAAACACGAGGCACAAAAUGAAAUUUCCUUUGUUCUGCAAAAGACUGUUCCGUUGUUGCUGCUUAAAACAGGGGAAAUGGCUGCAAGAAUGAAGAACUCAGCCAUGGAAUUCAUUAUUGAGAUUUCACAGUACGAGGACGUCAAGACUCUUGGAGUGAUACCAGAUUUGACCACACAUCCAUUUAAAAAUAAACAACAGGGUACAGCCAGGUUGUACACAGGACGAAUUGAGCUGAUAGAGAAGCUUCUCGCUGUCUUAGGUCUUGACGAAACUACACCAAAUGGAUUUUCUACAGCUUCAACUAUGAAAUUUAUUCUUCCUGCAUUGGAAAAUGCUAAUGGAGGUGUCCGGGACGCUGCUGUUAAACUGAUUUUUGAACUUUAUAAGUUAAAAGCACCGGUAAAGGGUUUCCUUCCUGCUGACGAACCAGCAACAAGAAAGAAUCCUCUGUAUCGCUCCAUAUUUGAUGGUUUUGAUAGAAUUGACGGGAAACCAACAGAGGCUGAAAGAAAGGCCAAGGCAAAGAACGACAGAGAAACGGCCGAAAAAGCGAAGCAAAAGGAGAUUGACGAGUUGCAUGCGCAUUUGCAAGCUCUGAGAGAAAUGGCUGCUAAACAAGGGAAUGCUGAGGAAGAAAAAAAAACAGAUCAGUCCGCUGUUGAUUCUUCCAACAUGCCGGAACCAAGUGACGUGGACAGGAUGUGCAUUUUCUGUGGUAUUAAAGAUGAAACAUUCACAGAGGAAGUUUUGGACACGCACUACUGGAAAUCCUGCCCGAUGUUGAAACGAUGUCCAAAGUGCUCGCAGGUCAUCGAAAUUUGUCGUCAAAGUCAGCACCUUCUUGAGGAAUGCGAAUCCAAAGCUAAUUUUGUUUCUUGUCCCCGAUGCAGGGAGGCUGUGCCGAAGCUUGAGUUGAAUAAUCACAGUCACGACAAAGUUUGCCCAAAAAAAUCUGGGAAUAGAUGUCCGUUAUGCAGAAAAGCCGUUGACUCUAGUGAAGAGGCAUGGCGGGUUCAUCUAACCAAGCAGUGCCAACCAAACACCAAACGUCUCCAGCAACUUAAACAACAAGGUAACAAGAUGCCCCCAUUCGCCAGUAUGACGAGUCUUCGAGCAAAAGGUACGAAAGGUAAAGCGGCUGCAGGUAAAACAACCCGAAAUACUUCAAAAUCAGUACCACGAAAAGAUAAGGUCAACGCAAGCUGACGUAUUGAAUUCGUGCGUAUGACGACUUAAAGAUGGGCUGUAUUGAGCUAUAUUAUAUAGCUCUAAUAUAGCUCGGUGAUGGCAUGUCAUUGGUCAACUUGUGUGAUACGAUGAAGAACUCUUAAAGAGUGAUUACAUGCAUGCAUUGUGUAGUACAUUGAACACAAAAUGACACAGGGUAUAAAUUAUAAACGGGGCGUAUUUGUUCUCAUUGUCGUUGAAGGAUGAAAAUAUACUGAAUGCACAUUCAUUUAUUGAUAUUU